AUGAAAAAGAGAAAGUUUAAUUAUUCAGAGGUUACAAAAAUGACAAACAAUUUUCAAAGAGCUCUUGGUGAAGGAGGCUUUGGCAUCAUAUAUCAUGGUUAUUUGAAUGGUUCAGAGGAAGUUGCUGUUAAAGUACUCUCCCAAUCAUCAUCGCAAGGCUAUAAACAUUUUAAGGCAGAGGUUGAACUUCUGCUGAGAGUUCACCACAAAAACUUGGUCAGCCUUGUCGGGUAUUGCGAUGAACAAGAUCAGUUAGCUCUCAUCUAUGAAUACAUGCCCAAUGUGGAUUUAAAACAUCAUUUAUCAGGAAAACAUGAUGUUUCUAUUUUGAAGUGGAGUACUCGAUUGAGAAUAGCCAUUGAUGCCGCACUUGGAUUGGAAUACUUACAUACUGGUUGUCGACCAUCAAUGGUGCAUAGAGAUGUCAAAAGUACGAAUAUAUUAUUGGACCAGGAAUUCACAGCUAAGAUUGCGGAUUUUGGUCUUUCUAUAUCUUUCCAACUCGGAGAUGAAUCUCAUAUUUCAACGGUUGUUGCUGGUACUCCUGGAUAUCUUGAUCCUGAAUAUUAUAGAACAGGCCGCUUGGCCGAGAUGAGUGAUGUCUACAGCUUUGGGAUUGUAUUAUUGGAGAUGCUCACAAACCAACGUGUGAUUGACCAAAACCGUGAAAAGCCACACAUAACAGAAUGGGUAGCAUUUGUCCUUAACAGGGGGGAUAUUACCAGGAUUAUGGAUCCUAGUCUUUGCGGUGAUUACAACUCAAAUUCUGUGUGGAAGGCUCUUGAAUUGGCUAUGUCAUGUGCAAACCCCUCUUCCCAAAGACGACCAAACAUGUCCCAAGUUAUUAGUGGACUAAAAGAGUGUCUUACUUCUGAGAAUUUAAUGAGAAGUAAGAAUCAGGAUAUCGACUCUGAUAGUUCCCUUGAAAUGACCAUGAGCUUUGAUACCAAUGUUUUCCCUAGCGCAAGAUAG